GAUGUCUCGUGACUUCUGUCGAAAAAAUUUCCCUUUGUAAGAAAGCGCUUCGUCGCUUAUGUGAGCCGAACCAUGGCUUUUACCCUUUUGCUUUUUCUUGUAAUAUCCAUGUGUUCAAAUGCGUACCGAUCGCAUUCACUAAAAGCACCAAAGGCUUCAGUAAUCGAGGAUCGUUUGGCUGUUGUGGAAGACAAGCGCCAAGCUGAAGGCGGAUUUCUUCUCGCUUUUCAUGCAAACGAAGGAAAGUUGAGAUUCCAGCAGUAUUCGAAGGGAUCAUGGUCAAAAUGGUAGGUUUUUAAAGAUUUUACUUCAGUUUUCGUGCGGAAACAAUAACCGCAAAAUGAACAUGAAGAAGCUUCGAUUCGUUAGGGCCAAAGUGAGCGCUACAUGUACUUAAUAGAUUAGAUGAUUGAAGUGCGCCCUCUCGAUGAGUUUUUGUUACUCUUUUCCCAAUCCCCAUGCAGGCUAAUUGCAAACUUCGCCAGUAAAAUUUGUUUUAAUAAAACGAUGACUAUGAGGGUAUAUACGUGUUCAGCUUGAAUUUUUUUCACUACUUUUAGUUAUGUUCUUUUUGGUUAUAUUACUUUGUAGUUAUAUUGCUUGUUACUCAUUCGAACGCAUCGGGAUCUGGAGUGUGGGUUUGUCCAAAAAGUAAAUUUAAAACAAAAUGAUUAUUAAAUUUUAGUUAUAAUUUAUUUUCCUAAAUUGUAUACAAUUAUUAUAAAAUUAUUUUUAUUUAAGGCAAGAUUUGGACUCACCAGAGGGCAAGACAAUCAUCUCAAACCCUGUAGCAGCUCAUGACAUCAAUAAUCUGACAACUGUCUUUUGUUUGUGUGAUGAUGGACAAGUGUAUUAUAAAAUUCAAGAUACUGACAACUUGGUUGAAUUUGGAAAGUGGCUUCCGGUUGGUUCCAAGCUUCCAUUUGAUACUGGUUUGUAUAGUUGUUAAUCACUAGUCCGGCCCAUUGGGACUAGUGCCUAGUAUGCUUCUAUCUUAGAGUGGUAUUGAUCGAUCCCCUGCCCCCCUCCCUGAAGUAGAGAAAAGGAAAAUGACUGAAUAAAAAAGGCAAGGAACAGCUCUUCUCUUGUAGGGAGACGUUCAUAUACAUUACAGAGCUGUUAUGUCCCCAGGUUGACUUUACAAUGCAAAGUAAAUUAAUUGAAACAGAAGACUCUCAGUGAUUUCUUCCACCAAUCACUCACUAGUCAUUGCCACCCACCGCCCCCUUCCCCAACCAUUUUGCUAAUUAAUUUUUCCUGCUUUUUAUAGCAACGAGGACACAGAGUUGAAAAGUUGUAGCUCAAUGUAAUGUUAAAUUAGUCUGAGUGUACCAUAGGAGCAGUUUGAAGUUUGCCUCAAUGGGCACUGGCCUGUAUCUUCUGGUGAACUGAAGUGCAUUUUAAAGCUAGAUGCAAAAAAGAACCUUUUAACUUUAGUUGUUGUAAAUGAUUUUUAUGGUAGGAGUCACUUUAAAUGGCAAAGAAACCUUAUCAGUGCUGACCUAUCAGAACAAGCUCACAAUCUUCUCAAGAUCUGUCACAAAAGCCUCCCGACUGUACUGGGCACAGGAAGUGAAUGGAAACUGGUCCAACUGGGUUCUGAUUGGUGGAUCAUCUGUGUCAUUACAAACUGAUGUUGCAAUAGCUUAUAACGGCUUUUCCAAGGUAUUCAAGACAUUAGGGAGUUUAAGCAAAGAUAUUCUUGGGCGACGCACAACACCCGGAGGUGGAAUUUUUGUCUCAAGUUGGCAAGUUGUCUCUUAUAUAAAAGGAAAGAUACUAAGCAUUGGGAAAUUGGUAGCAUCAAGGUAUAAUAAUUAUUAAAGAAGAAACACCUCACUUCUGGGUGACAUGCAUCACUCAAAAAUGCAUUUGCUUAAACUUCCUAUUAACCUGUCUGUUGUACUCUUCGAUGCCACACUUACUGAAAGCUUGGCAGAUUAAGAGAGAUAGACUGAUAGGUGGGUAUACAGUUAUGAAAAAUACUAUUGAUAGUUCUAUCUUGGAAAAGCUAAACUGAGCUUGUAGAGUUCUCCUGCUAAAAGCUAGAUCAUGUAAUAGACUUAUGUUAGAAAUUGGCAAAUAAAAUAUUGAUCUAGUGAUUAUAAUUGAUUCUUUGUAUCUUAUGGCCAAAAUUGUGUGUUUACAGUGAAUGCAAAGGAAAAACCUUUGGCAAAAUUGAAUGUGGCAGUACCCUGUACUUCAUUUUUACCAAUAAAAUUUAGGUUCUUUCUGUGAACUAUAAUUCAUUAUAGCACUAUUGCAGACUUUUUUAGUACAGGGAUGGUAUUUAUUUAGUGGCCCAUUUAAUCAUAGUAUUGUAGACUUGACUGAUAAAAUAAUUCGCUACACAUGUCAAUCAAAACAGCCAAGCAACUUUUAAUUAUCACUUCCUUAUACUGGUUUCUUGUCUACCCUUCAGUAUUUAGAAGCAUUUGCAGUCAUGGAAAAUAACAAGAUGUACAGGACCUGGCAAACAAGUACCAUUAUUUUUUUUCAAUAAUUAGUGGCUAGACUUACUGAUGAUAUAAUUAACAAGUAUGCAAUUAUUAAACUUUUCAGUCAUGAAAAAAUGUCCAUUGAUCAUUUAAACUGGCUUAAAAUUAUUUUAAAUAUUUUUUUGUAUUCUUCUUAAAGUGGAGUCUAUUCAACCUAAAUGCAAUUUGUUGAUCAAUGACUAAACACCUGCUCAUUGUAUCAACAUGAUUGUUUCCUCUGUGAAAAGUUAUAUCUGUCUUUUGAUCAGCCCCGCCCUUGGUUUCCAAAGCAUUUCAAGUGACUCUGACUUCCCUUUCUGGCGUAUCAGGAGGUAUUUCUUUCCACCAUGCCAUAGUCAAAUAACAAACCCAUCCCCAGUCAUCUCUUAUCAUUUCCAUGCAGACACAGAUUGGUUGCUUGAGAAUAGCGUGCCAUUGUAUCUCCUACAUUCAUUGGUUCUCUUGCAUUUGACAGAAAGAGAGACAAAUACUGAGAUGACUGCGGGAGUGUCAGCUCAAUAGCUUAAUCUUUUUUUCAGAUAGUAAUUCACAUCAAUUUGCACUCUUUACUAACAUUAGGUCCAACGAAAUGGGUGUCAUGGGAUGAAACUGGAUAUGGUGCCCCUGAGACACAGCAUGCCCCAGUAGUACAUGCCAUGAGCCACAGUGUGUUCAGUGGUGUCCUGAAUGUUUUCAUUUAUGGAAAUGAUGGCUAUAUUCACCAUAUAUGGCAGACCACAUGUGACAAGGUUCCCAAUCCCUGGGGGUGGUGCACGUGGAGUAUUUGGUACAAGAUAAGUAACAAGAUCCCUGAGUCAGUUUCUUCCAAUAACCCACUCAGUAUAGGAACAAACAUACAUCUUGGAAUUGAGGUAUGAGGUUGCGUGUGGGUUGCAGUGGUGGAUUCACAGGAGAGGCCCGGGAGCCUACCCCCCUUAUUUUUAGACCAAACUGAGGCCCGAAAAUUUUUUUUUUAAGACUGGGCCCCCGUCUUAUCUCAGGGUCUGGAUGACCGACCCCCCCCCCCCCCUUAUCUGAAAGUCUGGAUCUGCCACUGGGUUGAUACUAUAUAAACAUAAUGUUAUAUAAAAUAAUAAACUUUAUGUCUAGUAUAAUGAAUGAUUGCCAGCAUGCAGACUUCCAUGAAAACAAAGUCAGGUGUGAGAAAUACCUGCACAUGUGAAUUGCAUGACCUUUUGAGGUCAGUCAAGAGACACAGGUACAUUGAUAUCUUAAAAGGUACUGUAUUCAGAAAAUUGCAGUAUUUGCACUUUCAAAGCCAUAUGCAAAUUCCAUAGUUGAGUUAAAAUAAGUUUUGACUCGACAAAAAUAAUAACAUUAAUUUUGAUAUCACUGUGACCCUGAAUAUCCAGUACAGAGGUUAAAAACCCAAAUAGGCUGUUAAUUUGCAUGGAAAAGAGUGCAUAAUUUUUGGGAUAAUCUAAAUUCCUCACUUAACACAGCGAUGAGACUCUCCAAGUCCUUCGAGCUCCACAGUUGGGCAUCGCCCCCUACCCGUUUUAAAUUCCAGUGUCUUCCAUGCCAUGUGGGUUAAUAUUAUUGAUUUUCAAGUGCAAUUCACAUACAGGUUUUUACAGUUGGAAAGGAAGCUGGCCUGUGGCACAUGUGGGAACUUGAGCGAGGUGGGGUGUGGAACUCCUGGCAACAAGUACCAUCCCCUGGGCCAAACAUAGCCAGUCAUGUCUCCAUUAGGAAUGAUGAGAAAGGAUGGUGGGCUGCAUAUGCAGUAAGUUCAUAUUAAAGGAAUGUCAUAUUAGCGCCAAUUUUAUUCAGUGGUAAAAGAUGUUCCAAAGGAACAUACAGUGACAUAACAUAAUUCUUUCAAGUUGUUUUUAAAAGCCUCUUUUUAAAAGUUAAUCUCAUUUUCUUUUUUAUGUUUUUUUAUAAGGAAGUCUUUCAGAUCUCUGAUAUAAAAAGAUAAUUAGUACAUCUCCAGACAGGUUAAGUGAAAUAAAAAUAUGUCAGUGGUCCCUCUUUGGCAUUGUUCAAGCACAUGUAACUUUAUUGUUACGGUUCCACCUUGCAGCUGCAUUAAUUGAAAGGGAAAAUUUUUAUUUUGUUUUGUAGCUUAGUGCUGCUGAUGACAUCAAAGUGAUUGAACAGAACAGGUCACUUUCCCUGUCUGUAUCAACUGUUUCAUUUGGAAAUCCAGUAAAAGUUUCUUGGAAAGUCCCAGUUGAUGAAGCAACUAACAAAGAUUGGAUAGGUAAUAUGAAAAUUAAUACAGUUGACUUGUGUUACCCACACCUCCCAUAGAAUUAAUGGAACUGCAUUCCCACAACAACAACAACAACAACAUUUUCAGAUUCAUAAGCUGACUUUGGCACCCUUUUUCGAGGUACUAGGAAACUAAAAGAGCCUUUAAAAUAAAAUAAAUCUAGACUUUAAGGUCCAAAAAGGUUUCCAAAAUGUCUUGACAUUCUAUAUCAUUUAAACACAAACAAGCUGCAGUAAAAAAGUGAAUGGCAUAGUGAAUGGUCAGUCCUACUCUGUAUAGAACCUCCCGUAAGCUGAAAUCAUUAUUAUUUUAAUUUGUUUUGUAGGUGUGUACCCCAAUGGUGCAGAUAAUGAAAUGUAUAUAGACUACUAUUAUGUUGGAGGCGGACAGAACCCUCUCAAGGAUGCUAUUCCCACUGGAUCUCUCACUUUUAAAUCCUACCUUCCAAAUGGAAAAUACGAUUAUCGUUAUUUGUAAGUACUGGUACAUAAUAACAAGUCUUGAUCAAAACAGUGUUGAACAACCCUUUCAGUUUCAAUAGAAAAGUUGGAGUGUCUCUUCCACUAUGAUGACAGGAUAUUACCAAUGUCUUGAUUACAUGUACCUUAUAGGCAAAUACGAAUUUUCUGGAUGUUUUCCCUUCUCUUUAGUAAAUAAAUUAAUUUUGUUCCUCUGCACUGAACACAUAAUAAUAUUAGCGGACAUUUCCCCAGUAAGGAGACAAGGAAUCUUUUGUCUUCAUGAAUGGCUUAGCAUGAACUGUUCUUCAUUUCCUGAUGCACAACUGAUUAGCAGAAGAAAUUUUUUCUGACUCUCAUGAGUCUAAUAAUAAUUGUACACAUGUACAUAUUUUAAAAGAUCAAGAAUUAUUUUUUUACCCUAAAUAGAACUAUCCAUGAAAGUAUCCGCAAAGCUUUCCAUCUUACAGUCACUACUUUUAAAAAUAUGUCCUCUAUAGGGUAAACAAGAAGUAUUUUGAUGCUAUGAGUUCCUCCCUCGUCGGAGUCAAUGGCACAACGGAUAAGGAAUGGGUACAGGUGUACCGUGGGAUAGCAGCAGGACUGGGCAAAGAAGGCUUUGAUUUUGAGAAAUGCGUCAAAGAUGGAAACCACACAGUGGAGUUAUUUAGAGAAUCAUUCGCUGCCUUUGAAAACAAUGAAAUUUUCAAAGGAGUAGAGUUACUUGGCACAGCUUUGAUAGAGAUAGGCAAGGCAUUUGAGGAUUGUGGAGAAACAGAUAUUGCUAAAGCACUUGAAAAGCUUGCAACGGAUUUCAUUGAAUGUGUAAAAGGUAAACAAGAAAGAAAUGUAGAACAAAACUUAAUGUUGUUACCAUUUCCUUAGGGGAUAGGUGGUGGGACAAACCCUCAAAGUCCAAGUAGCUUGCUGUCAAUUCAAUUUUUUUGUUUAACUAAUAUUCACAAUUACUAUUAUUUUAUAAAGAAUUCAUAACACACAGGGUUCUCAUUAAGUUUUAAAGUAGACACCCAAGAUGUAAAAUAAAUUAAUGUAGGCGGCUUGGUACGUGUAACUGAGUGCUGUAGGCAAUUUCAGGCGUUCACUGUCCCACUUAACCCUAUUUCCCCAAAAAGCAGAUGGCUCAAACCUCAAAGUAGCCCGUUUGUUAGCUGGCUACCGGCACUUAAUGGGAUCCCUGAAAACAUAACGUUUUAAUUAUUAAAUAAAAUAUUUUUAUAUCAUUAAUGUUUUAUUUUUCGUUAAUAACUGAGAGUCUUGUAGCACCAAAAUGUAUUUUGGAAACACAAAGGAUCUACAGGAAGCAAGUCGGUUUUUUUGCAAUAAUUAUAUUAUCAACAAGAAAUUGAACUUGGGUGUACUAAAAAAUUCUAUAAAGAUGUAAAUGUAACCAGAACAAGGAAUUAGCACAGUAAAAGUACGACCUCAUAACCAUGCAGACUCCCACUUUCUGCUUCAAUCCUUGCUGCACUAAACGAGAAUCUGAUAAAUGGAAAAAAAAGAGUAAUUCUUCAAAUUAAGUAAAAUUUGAUUUGAAUUUUGAAUUUUGGAAUUUCUCAACCUCAGAACACAAUAAUACUAAGAGCAAUAAGUAACUAUUUGACUGCAAUAAUUGAUUUCAGGUGGCCUCAAAAUUCAGUUCAGUAGUAAAUAUUGUCAAUGAAGCAGCACAUUUUAUGUAGGAAGAAACUGUUACGAUUUUUUUCAAUAGUAUUUUUUGUCAUUUUGUUUAGGGCAUUGUGUCCAUUUUGUGAUUGACAUAGUGGAUGAAAUCCUCAUCUUGUUUGAAAAUGUCUUUGAGAUCUAUGGAGAUAUUCGUGGAGCAAGCAACUCCUUCAAAAUUAAUGCUUAUGAGCAAGGUAAGAAUAGGCAAUCAUGCCCAGGCUAAUAUGCAGAAAUGGUUUUUACUAGGUACAGCAAGGGUUGUGCACAAUAAUGGUUAAAAGGACACCUUUCUUAUAACAACUUAAUUUAUUAUUGCAUUUCACAAAGCAGCACGGAAGUUAGAGGUCUAAGGGUCUGAAUCAAUCUGCAGUACUGACAGUCUGUUAUUGCAAGGCAUGAAGAAAAUUCGUGCAUUAAGAAAAUUAGCAUAUGCAAGUGGCAAGAUGCCACUUCUGUAAUACCCUGGAGCUCUGAGGUACAAGCCCAAAAUUGAGUUAAUUUAAUAAUCAUAAUAUCUCCUUUAUAUAAAGACAACUACAAUAAUUCUUGUCAGGCAACUUGUGAUAGCGGCUCGAUUUCCGCCGUCUCCUGGGUCCCAUCUUUGAUCCUCUCAUUUUACCAAACAGCGGCUGGAAAUCGAGCCUACCAUACUAUCAGAAAGCGGUUUAGUCACAUUGUUAUAAUUUCAUAAAUUCUCCCCUUUUUUUCUAGGUGGCUACUGCAUUGGACGUGUGGUGGAUGUAUGUAUUUCCAUACCGUCCUAAGUAAUGACAGCCUUUACAAAAUUCAUUACCAAAAUAGCAUUAUUUUUGUGGCUGGUUGAAGAAUAAAGCAAACAAACUAGACAAAACAUUGCAAAAUUGUACAAUUAAAAUAAAGUGAAUUGAACUUUUGUGUUAAGAAUGGCCAUAAAUUCGUGACAAGCAUCACGCUAAGUGUUUUGUUAUAAUCAUCUAUUAUAUUUUGCAUUCUUUCAUUAGUCUUAUUAUAAGUUUAAAAAAACUCUACUAUUAAUUUAUCAAUACUUUUUGUAUCAAGAGCAUUCCU